CUCUCUAAGGGGAGGAUGCAGCAAUUGCAUUGCACGCCUGUUGCAAUCAAAAUUCGGAGGGUGUUCAAGUACUUAAUGAUGGUGUGAUUAAUAUUCCAAGACUGGCAUGCUCCAUUUUCAUUCUGGACGAUACACAAAAUGCAAAGAAGAUGUAUCAAAAUGUGAGUUUUACAUAUUCCAACUUGAUUAGGCCAGCCAGAUGAGGCCACAAAUCAAGACCCACAAAGCCAAGAUAUGGCAGCUCUGCUUUUUCCUUGCUCUGUGCUUGCAUUUGGAAUGUGGUGCUGCUCCAGGUUCAUGUAAGCACUCUGUGACCGAGGACCAUCUUAACAGUUUAGAUCAUCUGAUUGGAAAUCAAGUCCUAAGUGGAUGCUCUAUAACCUAUAAUUUCACUGAACACCAGAACCUGAGUGAAGUCUGCUACAUAAAAGCAGCGUUUCCUUACAUCCUGGACCUCCUGAAAACACACUUCACGUAUAGAGAUGAUUCUGAUAACUAUAAGUACACUUCGUCACUGGAGAGAUUAUACUACAACAUUUAUUCCCAGCAGUGCAUCCCUUCCAUUGAUGAGGCCAUUGAGGAAAAUCCAGUGAAGUUUGCCAGGCUGUACACGUCCUCGCCAGUGGAGGCGCUAGCAAAAGCCAAGCUGGUCAUUCAAAUGUACAGAAAUCUGAUGACUAAGAAUGAAGGAUUGGUGGAGUGGAACUGUGAGGAUGAGUACGCUAAGGACUUUGAAGAUUCUUCCUUUGGAGAUCACAACGAGACAACAGAUCUGGAGGAUAAGCCCACGGUUCCAUCUUCUGGAAUGGACAGUGAACCAACAAAGGUCCCUUCGUCUUCCACUGGGUCCUCACCUACCCAGUCAGCAUUUCAGCUAUCUCCCAAAUCAAACCCUUCACUCCCUUCAGAUAGAUACACGAAACUUACACACGCCUGGAAAUCUUCAGAUACCAAAGACCCAGGAACUCCAUCCCAUUUCCUAUCCAAGCUAAUUCAGUCUGAUUAUGUCAACAACAACUGAAUCUAAGAGACACAAAACUAGACCCAACCAAUGACCUUUCAUCACUGAAUGUACAUCAGGAGGUUUCAGAUAAUGUCAGCCCUCUGUUCAAGAUUGAACUGAUGCCAGCACUCCAACAAACAUCUAGAAGAACCUCUACAAGAUCUAGUCCCUAGCUUGAGUUGUGUCUAGAUGUGUCUAGUUGUAGUCAACCUGUUGCAAUUUAAAUGUAUUGUACAUAGUUUGGAUCUAUAAGUGUGAAUGGUGUUAAUGAAUGGUCAUGUAAAGGACUAUGUCACCACGAGAUUUUUGGACAGAACUUACUAAUCAUCUUACUAAUACUGUACCUUCCCAAUGGUAACAUGGUGGUGAUUGGAAACAAGGAGAAUGUUAAGAAUUGUGGGACUAAUUAAUGCCAAGUACUGGAACAUCCUUAAAAAACAUCUACAGUGCACCUUACAAUAAAACAAUGACCCAAAGCAUACAGCCAAGACAACACUGGAGUGAUUUUGGGGCAAGUCUGUAGUGGCAAAGCCAAAGCGCAGACUAAAAUCUAAUCAAACAUCUGGAGAAAGACCUUAAGAUGACGGGUCACAGAUGCUUACCCAUCCAAUCAGACAGACCUUAAAAGAAUCUGUCAAUCCACAACACAAUACAUUGUAUCCAGAUGUCAAGGUGUAUGCAUACUUGCUGAAUUCACUGUAUUGUUAGAGGAGCUAAGGUCACUGUGUUUCUUCAGCAAUAUAACAUCCAAUCACCUUCCGUUUCUGCAUGUGUAACUUCACUCUACAGUAUAUGUGUCUAAGAAGUGUCUUCUUUGUAACUAUGACAAACCAUCCAAUCUUCAUAGAAUCCAGUGUUUAGUGUAAUGUUUCUUCAUGUGCACAUACAAUAAAUGCCUGUCUCGGACAA